AUGCGGCGCCCUGCGCCGCCCGUCGACCCCGCGCGCCACCCUAGCGCCCGCCUGCGUCGCCCGCCGACCCCGCGCACCGCCCGUCGACCCCCUGCACCGCCCGUCGACCCCGCGCGCCGCCCGUCGACCCCCUGCGCCGCCCUAGCGGCCCCCUGCGCCGCCCGUCGACCCUGCGCACCGCCCGUCGACCCCCUGCGCCGCCCGUCGACCCCGCGCGCCGCCCGUCGACCCCGCACGCCGCCCGUCGACCCCGCGCGCCGCUCGUCGACCCUGUGCGCCGCCCUAGCGGCCCCCUGCACCGCCCGUCGACCCCGCGUGCCGCCCUUGCGGCCUCGCCGACCUAACCUGCGGUCCCACCGCCCUCAUCUGCGGCCUUGCCGCCCUCACCUGCGGUCCCUGCCGCCCUCUCCUGCGGCCUCGCCGCCCUUACCUGCGGCCCAGCCGCCUUCCCGGCGGCUCCGUCACCUGCUGCAGCGCCGCCCGCUACCUGAGCCGCCCGGGCCGCCUCACCUCGCCGAGCAGCACGGCCGAGCCGCCCACCAGCUGAGCAGCCGAGCAACCGAGCCGCCCAGCACCCGAGCAGCCGAGCCGCCCUGCAGCCGGGCCGCCCAGCAACAGAGCAGCCGAGCCGCCCUCCAGCCGAGCCGCCCUCUAGCCGAGCCGCCCUGCAGCCGAGCCGCCCAGCAGCCGAGCCGACCUGCAGCCGAUCCGCGCGGCAGCCGAGCCGCCCGAGCAGCCGAGCCGCCCAGCAGCCGAGCCGCCGAGCCGACGAGCCGCCGUGCCGCCAAGACUCCGAGCCACCGAGCCGCCCUACCGCCGAGCCGCCCGAGCAGCCCCGUCCGUGUCCUCGCUUUUGACGCUGAGGGUCAAGCCAUUGACUUUGACGUCUGGGUAGAUGACCUACAGCUGUUCUUACAGUGCGAUAGGGCAGACGGUCUCUCUCUCUUUGAUCUCACCUCUGGCGCCUCUCCUGCCCCUGCUGCUGAUGCUGACGCCACUUACAAGAGUGCUCAGACCUUGUACGACGCUGUAGUUGCGCGCUACUCCUCCCCUGCCACUGCUGCACUGAGCCGUCUCAUGCUACCGUACCUCUUCCCUGACCUUGCUGCCUUUCCCACAGUCGCUGACCUCAUUACGCACCUUCGCACUAGUGAUACUCGCUACCGCACUGCGCUUCCUGCUGACUUCUGUGCCAAGAACCCCCCCCCCAUGUACAUCACUCUCUACUACAUAGUCACUCGCCUCCCUUACUCACUUCGCGUAGUCAGUGACCACUUUCUCUCAGUCUGUCCCACCACUCUCACUGUUGACCUCCUCGAGAAGGGUGUUCCCCCUCCCCCCUUCUGCCCUCUGUUGCCUCUGCUGCUACGGCCGACCUCCUUGGGCUUGAGUCAAUCGGUGCGGCGUCUGCCCCUAGCGGGCGACGCCGCUCUGGUAAGGGCAAGGGGGGCAGGGGCACUGGAGGAGCGAGCGGGGGCGGUGGAGGUGGAGGUGGAGGCGGCAGGGGGAGUGGGGUUGGCGGUGGGAGUGGAGGUGGGGGUGGAGGUGUCGGUGGCGGCAGUGGAGGUAGAGGCAGCGGCGGCGGUGGCAGUGGGAGCGGAGGUAGCGGAGGUGGUGGCAGUGGAGGAGGCGGCGGAGGCGGCGGUAGUAGCGGAGGCGGCAGAGGCAGUGGAGGCGGCGGGGGUGGCGGUGGAGCUGGUCGCGGGUCUACACAGAGGAGUGGCUCCGGUGGUGGUCAGCGCGAGCAGCAGCAGCGCGGUCGUGAGACCCUGUCCCCUCAGCAGCUCCGUGAGUGGUACACUGCACGCCAGCGGGGUGGGGGUUUUGGUCCGUGCACCUACGUCCUACGCACCGGCGACCGUGCAGGAGCAGUGUGGGGGUGCGCACCCCACCCAGCGCGACUUUGGCCGCCUGACGGACGCGUGGCGUCGCCAGUUCCCGGAGGCCACAGAGAUCCCUCGCUGGGGCGAGCUGUCUAGGGCGGGAGUUGCUAUCUAUGAUCUUGAUUUUGAUGCUAUUCUCUCUGCCAUGUAUGCUACUGCUGCUCGAGGUACUGGUGAGGCUGCUGCCCUGGGUGCUUGCGACGCUGCUGCUCUAGGUGCUAGUACGUCUGCGUCCUCAGGUCCUGGUGAGUCUGCGCUCUCAGGUACUACGUCGGCUUCGGCCUCCCUCACCUUCACCCUUGACUCUGGGGCCUCUCGCUCCUUCUUUCGCGACCGCACCACACUCACGCCGCUUAGUCAGCCGGUUGCGGUGUCUCUGGCUGACCCCUCUGGGGGUCCUGUCCUGUCUCACUUCUCCACAAUCCUCCCGUGUCCGGCGGCUCCCUCUGGCACCCUGUCUAGUCUCUACCUCCCCUCUUUCUCUACGAACUUGGUGAGUGGUGCUGACCUACAGGAUGGGGGAGUCUACCUGUUCACUCCUGCGCGUCAGCGGGUGACGCACUGCACAGAGGCUAGCACAGGCCGACACCUGGCUACGUUUACCCGUCAGCCGGGGUCGAGCCAAUACACACUAACCACUCCGUCUCCUCCAGUUGCUGAGUCUGGUAGGGUAGCUGUGUCGGGUCAGGUGUUUGCUGCUGCGUCCAGGUCUGGUCCUGAGUCUGCCCCCUGUUCGUGUCGUCUCGUGUCUCACGAGACCCUCCUCUUGCACCACCGCCUUGGUCACCCCUCUCUGCUUCGGCUCAGAGGCAUGGUCUCCCGUCUUCUUGUCUCUGGUCUCCCCCGGUCCCUCCCUCCCCUUCCUCAGGGCCCUGGCCCUACCUGUGUCCCUUGUGUCGAGGGGCGCCAGCGGGCUGCCCCUCACUCCUCCCAGUUUCCUCCGACAGAGGCCCCGCUGCAGACGCUUCACAUGGACGUGUGGGGCCCAGCCCGCGUCCGUGGACAGGGUCACGAGCGCUACUUCCUGCUCGUUGUUGACGACUACUCGCGAUACACCGCGGUCUUCCCCUUGCGCAGCAAGGGUGAUGUCACUGAGGUGCUGAUCGACAGGAUCCGCGCAGCUCGUCUCCAGCUCAGGCAGAGCUUUGGCUCGGACUUUCCUGUUCUGCGUCUGCACUCGGACAGAGGCGGAGAGUUUUCUUCUGCCCUUCUGAGCGCCUACUUUCGCGCACGAGGCCUCCAUCAGACCUUAACGCUUCCGGACUCCCCGCAGCAAAAUGGGAUUGCUGAGCGCCGCAUUGGCAUGGUCAUGGACGUCGCUCGUACGUCUAUGGUGCAUGCGGCUGCUCCCCAUUUUCUGUGGCCGUUUGCGGUGAGGUACGCGGCGCAUCAGAUCAACCUACACCCCAGGGUCUCCAGGCCGGAGACCUCCCCAGCCUUGCUGUGGACGGGGAAGGUUGGCGAUGCGUCGGCGUUCCGGGUCUGGGUAUAUCGUGCGUUUGUCCGCGACUUGUUUGCAAACAAGCUGUCCCUUCGUGCUUCUCCUUGCGUCUUCUUGGGGAUCCCCCCCGACGCGCCUGGGUGGAAGUUCUACCACCCCACCUCUCGCCGUCCCCCCCCGGUAGACCACCUCUCCCCUCAGGGUCCUGCUCCUUCAGGUGUGUCCCAGGCUGACGCAGUCGAGCCCGUUGAGGUUACUGGUGACUCUGGUGCUGCUGGAGGUGCUGAGCCUGGGGGUGCUGACUCUGGGGGUGCUGACUUUGGGGGUGCUGAGCCUGGGGGUGCUGCGACUGGGGGUGCUGAGCCUGGGGGUGCUGAGCCUGGGGGUGCUCUUGGGGGUGCUGAGCCUGGGGGUGCUGAGCCUGGGGGUGCUGAGCCUGGGGGUGCUGAGCCUGGGGGUGCUUUGCCUGGGUGUGCUGAGCCUGGGGGUGCUGAGCUUGGAGGUGCUCCGCCUGGAGGUUCUCCGGGUGCUUCGUCUCUGCGGGAGCCACUCUCUCCACAGGAGCUGCGCGAGUGGUUUGCCCGGCGCUGGAGGCGUGCUGCUGGUGCUGGAGGUUCUACAGCUACUGAGGGUGCUGCUGUCGCGGGUCCCGGAGGUGCUCGUACUGCGAGUACUGGAGCUGCUGGGCCUGCGGGUUCGACUGGAGCUGGUGCUGCUCAGGGUGUUGGCACAGAGACUACUUCUGGUAGUCCUACUGGGGGUACUACUGGUGCUGCUGGAGGUUCUGGAGGUGCUGAAGGUACUGCUGGAGCGAGUGCUCCUGCUGGGAGUACUGGUGCUGUCCCUGUUGUGUCUGGCGUCGCCGCGCGGCCUCGACCGUACUUCGUUCCCCUCCUGCAGCAGGUUCUUGGUCUUCCGCCUUCUACUGGUCCUCCUCCUUUAGAGUGUCUACAGCCUGUCCCGUCGCAGUUACAGUUGCAGCCUACCUCCCCUUUGCCUGCUCCUUCUCCCUACUCUGGUCCUACUGGAGGUCUUGCUGAGCGUCGUGAGCCUGCAUCUUGCCCAGCGUCACCGGUUCGUGCUGCUAGCACUAGUGGUCGCGGUUCGCGUCCGCGUCCUCCGCCUGUACCUGGCACGCACCGGAUGUCACUGCGUCCGUCCACUGCUCCUCUGUGUGCCCCUUUGCCUUCUCCUCCUGAGUCCUCUCUUCCUGCUCUUUCCGACCCGGAGUCGGACUCUCUUCGUGCUGCCAGUCCUACUAUCACGCGUCUUCUUGCUACUGUUGUCACUGACCCUUCUUUCGAGUCCACUGCUGCGUCUGCCCUUGUUACUGAGCUUGUCGACUUUGCUCCUCGCUGUCGCCUAGACUACGCUGCUAGUCUUGUCGCUUAG